UAAUACAUCCAUGGUGCAGCAUGGCAGCACCGUGGAACAGAGUAAACAUCCCCUUUCCCAGUGCUGUUUCCACUGUUCACACAAGAUUUACUUCAACAACAGCUGCAAAUGUUAAAACCCUGAGCUUGGAAAAUGAGAAGGUCCUAAAGCUUGUCGGCAGUGAGAUUCUUCAGACGGAGGUCCGAGUUCUGUACGAGCUGCUGUACGUCCUGAACAACAGCUGCGGAGCCAACAGGACGUUCAAGGGCCUGCAGCAGGUUGAACAAUGCAUAAACAGACUGAAGAACAUGAAGCUCGAUGCUGCUCUUCAGGAGCUGGAAGAUCUGUGUCCAAAUAGGAUUCAGAGAAGUGUGGGCAUCCAGACGGGUGAAUGUGAUGUUCCCAGUCAACCCAUGCUGGAGUGGAUCUGUCUCAAGGUGCUUGGAGCUGCUCAGUUGCUGAGCUGCACGUUGCAGCGCUGCAGCAGAGCUUUUAUACUCUCAAAGCAGCAGAUGAAAUGGGAUUUCGUUAUACUGAAUGUGGUGAUUACUAGCAUGCUCAGUCGUCUUUGGGUGAUUAUCCGUGGUGUGCUGGUCAGCCUUCCCACUCUGUACCAGCAGCUCCUUGAACUCCUCAGACACGUGUCUGAUGCCCAGCCCAUGCCGUACCUCACUGGCAUCUCCCUGCCAACAGAUUUGGUUCACUUCCUAGGUCCUUCCCAAGCUCUCUUACUGCAGAAAUGCCCAGCACACGAUUCCCAUACCAAGCACAAGAAAGAGAAGCAUCCAAGGAUGAUGAAGACUUCAGUUAAAGUCAUGACCCAGAAACAGAUGGGGAGGAUUAAAGAAGACCUGGGAGUUGCUGUUAAAAGAGAUCUUGGAAUUCAUGCUGACAUCGAACCCUUUUUACCGAUUUUCAGGAAGGUUGAAUCUUUUCCAGAAGAAUCGCAUAAAACUGACAAGGAACGAAAGUUCCAGGAACAAGUGAGAGAAGCUACUACUUUUGCACACAUGUCAGCCUAUCUAGAGGAAAUGGUUCAGUCGUUGAAGUCCCAGGGGAUGGAAAAGGAAAAACGCCUCCUAAGCUUCCUGUGUUUAAAGUGCCAAAAGAUGAAGUGCCUAGAGGCAGCAGGAUACAAUGUCCAGAGGAAGUUGCAGCUAUUCAGACGGGAAGUUUGCUGGGCUUCAUCUCCUGAAAGAUCGUCACACAAAGUGACUGGAAAUCCUCACCUGAGAAGCCGUUUACAGUCACUUAAGGCACAAUUUAGGUUUUCAAGAGUUAGGGCUGCUGUUCGAAAGAUGAGAAUGGCGGGGAAAAGGAAAAGGACUUGGCUGCCAGUGUCUGGACUUCUUGAAGAUGACCACAGAGGCAGUAGUUCCGAUGAGAUAACCCUACAGAACACUGACAAUGACCGCCAUGAUGACAUUGAUGAUAUAUUUGCUUCUGUAGGCUUGUAGAGCCUUGGAACCAAGUUUAGGAAGUGUGAUGGUGGCCUCAUAUUCAAAAAUGGCCAAAUUAAAAGUCCUUCAACACUUCAGCUGUUCUCAUUUAUCUGACAAUGUUUUAAGUUUUUUUUUUUUUAAUUGUAAAUGCCAGGGUUUGUUGAAAUUCAGUGCAUUUCAGCAAACGUAGCCAGACUUUACAGGCCUCGUGUCAGAUUUAGAGUUUGUCAAAAUUUUGACACACAAACUCAAAAAACAGUUUCUUAUCAAACCUGUCUCACCUUUUCGCGGUUAUUUUGUGUUUGUCCAUACAGAUGUGUAUUGAUGAGUCCAAAAUAAACAUAGGUUUGUAUUGCCAUAUAGUA